GCUAAUAUGACGCUAAUAAUUUGCUAUACACUUUGCUUCUUUUUAACAAUUGUAGCUUCGGCUACAACGGCCCAAGAAGUCAACGACAGAUAUUAUCCGCGCUACCAUUUAGCUCCACCAUAUGGAUGGAUGAACGACCCCAAUGGUUUCAGUAUCUACAAAAAUGAAUACCAUUUGUUCUACCAAUACAAUCCAAAUUCAAGUUUAACUCCUGGCAUAGCCCACUGGGGGCAUGCAAAGAGUGUGGAUUUAUUCCACUGGAAACAUCUUCCUAUUGCUAUGUACCCAGACCAGCCUUACGAUAAAACAGGAGUGUUUUCAGGAAGUGCUAUCAUAGAGGAUGAUACGAUGUAUUUGUUCUACACAGGAAAUGUUAAUCAUCCUGAUGAAAAUCCCGACCACGAACAGCACCAGUGUCUUGCUACUAAUGAAGAGCAUUCGGAUACGGCUUUUGUAAAAUAUUCUGAAAAUCCAAUUAUUCAAGGGGCUGAACAUCAGCCAAAUUUCAGAGACCCAAAGGUAUGGAAACAUGAAGAAGCAUAUUACAUGGUGCUGGGUAACUCUUUUCAAAAUAAUAGCCUCGGGCGGGUCCUUUUAUACAAAUCUACUGACAAAAUAAAGUGGAAUGAAGUGUCUGUUCUGCACGAGUCUAAUGGGACUCUCGGUUACAUGUGGGAAUGUCCAGAUUUCUUUGAGUUAAAUGGUUAUUAUGUUCUCUUAUUCUCCCCUCAGGGAGUUGUACCAGAAGGUGAUAAAUACAGAAACCUUUAUCAAGUUGGAUAUUUUGUCGGUAAGUUUGAUUAUGAGACUUAUAAAUUUGUUCCACUUACUGAGUUUGUCGAACUGGAUCACGGGAAUGACUUUUACGCGACUCAGACGAUUGAAAAAGCAAAGCGUAGAAUAUUGAUAGCUUGGUUUGAUAUGUGGGAACAGAAUUAUCCAGAAGGACCAGAUGGUUUUACCGGCUGUAUGACAAUACCAAGAGAGCUCACUUUAAAUAAGAAACUUAAACUUAUUCAGAAGCCGGUUUCUGAAUUAAAUCUAAUAAAAGGUCGUGUGUUACGAGGAGGAAGAGGUAAUAAGGGUGAUUCAGUAACUCUACCAGAUAAAGCUGGUGAAGUACUUAUAGAAGCUCAAAGAGAAGACGAUUUAGAGGUUCUGUUUGAGGGCGCAAACAGCACAGUCAUUGUCACAUAUGAUGUGUCAAACGAGACAAUAACUCUUAAUCGAGGUGGCAAUGAUGGCAUUCGUCGCACUCAGUGGCGUCCGCGAGGAAAAUUUACUUGGAAGAUAUAUGUAGACGCUAGUACAAUUGAAUUGUUCACUGGUGAUGGGGAAGUGACUUUUUCCACCCGAUUCUUCCCUGAUGGACCCAUCACAGUCCGUUUAGGAAAUAAUUCAAAAACCCAAAAAUUUAAGGUAACUGAAAUUGGGCGCACUAUUAUAAAUGCACAAACCACAAAUAAUUACAAUAUAUAAAAACAAUUCAUGUUUUCUCUGUUUACGAGUAAUCAAGAUGUAUCAAAUGUAAAAUAAAUAAUAUGUAUAAAUAUUGACCUGAAUUCAUCAUUACUUUAUGUUAACCUGUCCAAGCAUUAGUUAGUAAGUACAUAUAUACAAUUAAUAGUUAUGAGUAAAAUUCAUCACGCAAUAUUUUGCAACCUCGUAAAUUAACCUAAUAAAAUGUCAUUAUUCAAUUUUAUUCAAGCGAAACCUUAUAACAUCUUACAAUCUAAGAAUCG